UCUGUUGUGGGUAUAAAAGCCGGCUUUUCUCACGCACCGAGCACAGUCCGAGUUUGACUUUCUUAAAAAAAGUGUUGAAAACUUUGUCACGAACGUUUCCAAAAAUCGACGAAAUUACAUUUCAAUUCAUCAGGGAAUACUCUCUCCGAUUAAAAACUGAAAAUGUUUCCAAUCCGAUCUUACGACCCCUUCGUCAACCACCCCUUCCGUCUAUUCAACCAGAACUUUGGAACUGGGCUCUUGGAUUACGACCUGCCUUCGAUAGCUUAUCCGAACUGGGCCCUGGAUCAUCCGCGACGACUCCACACCCCACAGCAAAGCGGAUUCUCCGAGGUUCAAUGCACGAAGGACAAGUUUGAGGUCAAGUUGGAUGUUCAUCAAUUUAAACCCGAAGAAGUGCAAGUGACCACGGUGGACAACUACGUCGUCGUCGAGGGGAAGCAUGAAGAGAAAGAGGACCCUCACGGGUUCAUCUCUCGCCAGUUCAAGCGUCGCUAUCUUCUUCCAGAGAAUGGGAUGAUGGAGAAAGUGGUCUGCAACUUGAGUUCGGAUGGCGUUCUGGUCAUCACGGUGCCACGGCUGGAAGCGAUCACUGAAGGCAAGGAGAAAGUCGUCGCUAUCAACCAGACUGGAGUUCCAGCUCUCACCAACACUUGCGCCAAGAAAGGUUGCAACAAGGCGGCAGCAGGAGGGGACGGAUGUGGAGAGAAAAAGAACUGAAUUUGUUACCGUUUGUGCUACAUACAUAUGUAUUACUUAAUUCCUGUCAAAUGAGUUUCAAAGAUUUUGUUUUCUGUAAUUUGUCAAAGUAUUUAAAUAUCUAAAUUAAUUAUUUAUUGAUUUAAGCUGUCUCCACUGGUCUAGUUAUCUCUAGCAAUAAUUAGUCGUGUAAGCUUAACAUGUCAGUUAAGGAAAAAGUUGAAAUGCUGUGCACCAGUUGGAGAUAACUAAUCUGUUAUUUUUCAUAUUAAUUUUUGUCACUAAUUGGCAAAUUUUCUUUCUAAUAAAAACAGACUUUAAAAUCUUGUGAAAA